UUUAAUGUAUUUUAGUGACUAUAAUUACAUUGAUUCGGGGAAUAUUAAUGAAUUGUGGCGCAGGAAUACGCAGGCGUAGUUCCCCUCGCACAUGUCAGACCCCUUUAGUCUGUUGAUUGCCAUACCUUCUAGGUUUAGGAAAUAGCCGAUUUGGGAAGUCGCAGUAUCUAAAUGUAACUUGUUUUUGUUAGCGCUCAUCCGAAGUAAAGACGUAUCUUCUGGACGUCGAUGGAAAACACGUCAUUUUAAACACGUUUUAAAAGAUAGUCUACAGACCAGGUAAGUAAAGCACGACAUGCCUCUUCAUGGGAAGAUAGUGGUGAUCAAAAGGAGCGGAGGAGAUGGCACCGAGUUCCCUCUCACGGCGGCAUGCUUGUUUGGGAGGAAACCCGAGUGUGACAUCAGGAUCCAGCUGCCUCAGGUGUCCAAGGAGCACUGUCGCAUUGAGUUAAAUGAAAAUAAAGAGGUCAUUUUAACAAAUCUCAGCUCUGUUAAUCCAACUCUUAUAAAUGGAAAGCCUAUACAGCAGUCUGAACGUUUGAAACAUGGAGACAUAAUCACGAUUAUCGACCGUUGCUUCAGGUUUGAAUGUCCUCCAGAGCCGACGCCAAAGAAGAACAUACCACCGGCCAAACGGAAAAGUGAAACUCUGCAGGUUCUACAGGAACAUCAAGUGAGAGAGGCUGAUGCUUCGGUGUCAGGAGAAAAAGGAAAAUAUCCACAAACUCCAGAACAAACUUGUUUGAAAGAUGGAACAAAUAUGGUCCUGGCCAGUGUGGGUGACAGUGAUGAGGCUGUGGGAAAACAGGCCUUUGUUACCAGCCUGGACCAAAGCAUAUCAACAGCAAAGGAGGUUCUUUCACCCUUCAGUGAACUUUAUGAAAUGACAAAGCAAAGUCUCUCUGAGAAGUUGCCACGGAAAUCUGAACAGCCCAAGACCCCUUGUUCAAGACGUGACUCCAAAAUGGAAGUGGUGCCUCGGAAUGCAUCAUUGGAUAAACCUGCCAGUGCCUCUGGUGCUGAUGUAACCCCAAAAUCUGGACGGAGUAUGACGAUAACGCCAGGGAGAGAAGACUUACAGAGUCCCACUCAGAAGUUGCAAGAUGCCAUUGAACAAGUUGUGACUCCAGUUCAGGUGACGCCAAAAGUCAGACGUUCGAUGAAGUCUCCUGCAAAGCAGCUGACAGCUGCCGUCUCGGAGGAUCAGCUGACCCCUGUCUCUCAGAAGAAAAAUCACAUCAGCACACCUCAGAAAUUCACUGCUGCAGAAGUAGCUCAACAUGUCCUUUCUCAGGGUACUUCUGUGCUGGAAGAUUGUACCAUCAGUAAGUCUGUGACGCCUAAAACAAGGCGAAGCAAGGAAGCUCAUUCCCCAGCAGGAGGAGAAGGUGGGCCUCGCUCACCAGGUCGUCCUUUUGUCUGUACCCCAAAUCAAGCCAAGAAGACAAAUGGACAGUCAGUCGAGGUUAAAGAGAAGUCCCCAAGAGCCACAGUAGUUUCCAGUAAGAGGACCUCACCCAGGACAACAGCAGGAAAACUUCAAGCUUUGAGUGUACUUGAAACAGCAGCACCAUCUUGUGGGGAAAACGAAGGUGGUCAGUCAGGCCGUCAUAAGAAACGUAAGAGUGGGGACCUAGGUGAUUUGCCUGUGCCUUUGAUGAAAAGGAAGAGAGUCUCAUUUGGUGGGCAGUUGAGUCCUGAGCUGUUUGACAAGCGGCUUCCUCCAAACUCUCCCCUGCGCAAAGGGGCCACACCAGGUAGACGCAGCUUGUCUGUAUUGAAAAAACACCCUGUCUUAAGAAGAGCAUCCGUUAUUGGUUUGAUUCAGGAGCUGCCUUCUGAAAAGUCAAGUUCAGAAAAACCCAAGGCUUCAAGCCCAAGGAUGAGAGCUUCUUCCAAAGCUGGGUCUACAAGUAGGACCCCUUCUCCUGCUAAGAAAACACCUGCUGCAAAGAGUAAAACCCCAUCUCCAGGAAAGACAAAAUCCCCUAAGGUGAAACCUGGUAUGCCGUCCAAGGAAAAAGAGAAAUCUCCAAGCCGGAGGUCUUCCAAAACCGUCGAUCAAUCUCCAAGUAGACGCAGGUCCCCUUCGAAAGAGAACCCUCUGACGUCAAAAGGCUUGAAGUCCCCUGCCUUUCAGCCACAGACUCCUGUUUCAGUCUUGGGUAAGACUACUACUCCACGUAGGAGAGAAUCGUCUUCUGCUGGUUCAAAAUGUUCACCCAAAACCACCUCUCCUGAAGGAGAAUCUCUGUCUGCUGAAAUAUCCAUAAAUGAUGCCUCAGCAAGCCAAACACCCAUUGUACGAGGCAGGUUUUCAAUAUCGCGAAUUGAAACUCCUUCACCUGUAGCUGAUCAGGAUACGGCUGCUCCAGAAAGUUUUGCUUCAAACAGUUCUGUCUCUAUAACUCCAUCUGUCCUGCUGAGGAGAGUGAGCCUCAAGUCUGCAAAGGCAACCCCCAGAAGUGCGAGGAGGAGUGCCCUUGAAUUAAUGCGUUUAAGGCGAAGUGGAGCUUCUCAGGCCAAUUUGAAAGUAGUGAGUUCCUGGGCUGAUAUUGUUAAAUUUGGCACCACCAAAGCCCAGACUGAAAUCACAUCCAAGAAACGAAUCUCAAGAAGAAAAGCUGUCAGAACCAUGAAACAAAAACCGAAGCCCCCUAAGACUCCUAUUCAGAAACUCAAAGGACAUUUCAGUACGGGCCAUGCUGAAUCGCCAGCUACGAUUGUUGUUGGGAAAGCCCAUGCCAAGACUGUAUUGCCUACAGGUUGUGCACCAAACUUUGUCCGCAACACUGCAUUAACGAAGGAAAGCAUGAAUAUGAAUGAAGAUUUAACAGGCAUUGCAGAGAUAUUCAGUACCCCUAUGAACACAAGACAGAAGAGGGCCAAUUGUGGCAAAUCCCACAGCCCCAAAACUUCACAGGAUGUCCCUUUGUCUGAAGCUUCUGUAAUGAACACCCCUGAGGAAACAGGAGAAAUGGUAGUCUCACCAUUAAGUGCUGACAGCACUGUAAAGCGAGGAUGUUACAACAGUGAAGCUGUUGUCAGGCUCCUCACAGAUGAUCAGGAGUGCAGCUUUACAUGCAGUGAUUCUGUACAGCAGAAGGCAACUUCAGAUGUGAUUUCUUCUGAACAUACUGAACAACGCGAUCUUGUCCUGGAGAGGAUGGUGGUAACCCCAAAACAAAAGCCUGAACCAGAGAUGCCUUUAACAGGAGUUAAGAGACUUAUGAAGACUCCAAAACAGAAGGCCAUGCAGAAGGAAGAUCUUACAGGCAUUAAAAGACUACUGAAAACACCCAAGCAACCAAAAGUAUCUGAAGAAGUGAGUUUAAUUGGUGUAAAGGAGCUGCUGAAAACCCCUAAGGUCAAGGGUCAACCGAUAGACAUUGUUGGAGUUCAGAGAAUAACUCCCAAGGUGAAAGCUGAGCCACAAGUCUUUACAACUGGUGUCAAACAACUGAUGCGAACCGCAAAGCGAAAGAACGAGCCUGUCGACGACAUGGUCGGAUUGAAACGGUUGAUGAGGACUCCAAAGCAGACGAAUAAACCAGUUGAGGGUUCGUUUGGGGUGAAGCAGCUGUUGCAGACUCCCAAACAAAAGAAUGAACCUGUUCAAGACAUGGUUGGAUUGAAGAGAAUUAUGAGGACUCCCAAGCAGAAGAAUGAACCUGUUGAAGACAUGGUUGGAUUGAAGAGAAUUAUGAGGACUCCCAAGCAGAAGAAUGAACCUGUUGAAGACAUGGUUGGAUUGAAGCGACUGAUGAGGACUCCCAAGCAGAAGAAUGAACCUGUUGAAGACAUGGUUGGAUUGAAGCGACUGAUGAGGACUCCCAAGCAAAAAGGGAAGCCAGUUGAAAACAAAUUUGGAAUUGCCAAACUCAUGAAGUCGCCCAAGAUAAGAGGGACCAUUGCAAUUGAAGAUUAUACUGGAUUGCAGGAGCUUAUGCAAGAACCAGAAGUACCAGUUGCCAGGAUUAUUAGCAAGUGUCAUAUCUCUGAACAUGUUUGUACCAAUCCAUGCCCUUCAAUGAAUGGGGAAAUAUUUACUUCUGCCGAAGCAAAGGUGGCCUUUGAAGAACCUUUGGAAUUGCCUGGAAGCCAAAGCAAAACAUCUAAAAAAGCUGUUAGAAGAUGUAAAAAAAAUGACAUUCCAGCUGAAGAUAAAUCUGCUGACUCAAAACGUGAUCCAGCAAUAAGAGCUGCUGAGCCUAAUAUUUCUGAGGUCAAAUCAAAAAGAGGCAGGCAGACCCGGCGAGGCCUGCCGUCAACUCUAGGGGAAGAGGCUCUUACACCUGCUGUUGCAACUCCAGUUAAAACCACUCGAGGAAGAAGAGCAAAACCUGUGCCAGGAGCUGCAGAGGACAAGGUUACUGUAGCUGAAGAGCCGGCUAGUCCUAUCGUGAAACCUCGCCGUGGGAGGCCGGCAAAGACCCUUGUGAAGGAGGCGAAGCAGCCGUCACCUGUUGUGUUGCCGGCUAAAAGAAUGUGCCGGGGUGGCCCCACUGCCACUGCAAUGACUGCUUCUUCUGUCCACUCACCAAGACCUGGUCGUGGAAGGAAAAUGCUAGAUACCCGGGAAGCGCUUCAGGAAGAGAAGCUCAUUCAACCCGAUGCAUCCUCCACUAAAGUUGGAAUGAAGUCCAUCAGGAACACCAGAGGGUCACGUAAAAAUAAUCCGAUUGCAGGCGCUGGAACUGCCAGCGUUUGUGUUGCCGCUCCUCUACCUUCCAAGCUGGAAUCUACGGUUCCGCCAAACGAAUCCCCGGGGCUGGAUAACCUUGUCAUUGAAAAUGAAAAGAGCACAACCAGAAGAGGAAAAGCUGCCCCUCAAGGUUCUAAAGCCAACAAAGCUGAUAAGAAAUCAGCAGUGGAACAAACGGUUGCCAUCAAAGCUGCGGUGAAAAGGGUUGUUUCAAAGACAACAGCAAAGUGGGAUUUGGAGAUACCUGACAGCCAAGAUGUAACAGAGUUACCAGGCUCUAAGAAAAGGUCCGGUGUAGCGGGCAGAGAAAUUGUGGACAUGUCAGCUGAAAAAACCACUGAACCGUCAACAAAGCCCCGUCGAGGAAGAGGGGCGAAAAAGCCAAGCACAGUGUGUUCAGAGCCCACUGUAUCUGACCAGAUCAGGCCUGCGCAGUCAACUACACCAUUGAAAAGCUCAAAAGGUAAGGAACCUGCCGCUAAGGAUGUUAUUGCGCCGAAAAGAGGCGCGAAGCGGAAGGUUGCCCGCGACGAGCCAGUCGAGCAUUUGGAAGAGGCCUCCGCAGAAUCCCCAAGUAGACUUUCAACCACGAAAAGGGUGAGAGGCAAGGCUGCUCGCUUGGAAGAGAAUCGGCCUGCGACGAGUCCAGUUCGGCGACAGAGAGGCCCUGCGAAGAAGGCAGUGAAAACUACAGAAAAGCUGGAAGGAUCUCAAAAGGUAGAAACCCCAAAGCCUGUUGGAAGGAGCAGGAGAAGGGUAGUGCAGCGCAUGGAAGCAGAACCCGUAUCCAAUGAGAGAGAGCCAGGCAGAGGAAACGCCAGCGUAACAGAACCAAGUGAUGGUGGCAAAGUGAAAAGUGCAGCCCGUGGAAGAAGAAAGUCUCCAGCAAAGCCUGAGGCCCCGAGUGUCACAGAAGCCAGACCAGUGAGACGCACAAGACGAAAGUGACCUUUUUGAUCUGAGGUUCCGCUUUUCGUUUAAUAUAGUCUUACAUGUAAAGCGUCCUUUGGCUGUGACUGCUUUCAUUGCUGCGCUUUCAGAUGCUUUUUAUCUUUUUCGCUUUUGUAUAUAUGUUGGUAGGUUUUUACUUUUUUUAAGAGCAGCAUUACAUUGUUUUGUGUAAUUGUCAGCUGCCGGUAAGUUACUCGCAAAUGGGAGAAAUUUUAAAGGAUUAUUUAAAAAAAUGGCUAAUCUGCUGGGUUUUUUUUGUGUUUCAUAUAAAAAGCACUGGGUGUUCAAUAUAUAUUUUCGUGAAAAUGUCUAUUGCUUAAGUUUUUAAUCCUGCCCACUCCUUCAAAUACCUGGGUAAGAAAUUCUCUAUCCAGAAUGUUCAGUGUUUGAUACCAUUCUAAACAAAGAUGAAAGCCUUUUGCUUUGACAUUGAUAAGAUUCGCAGUUGUCUAAUUAGACCGUGGUUAAACUUUGGCAUUCAUUUGUCUUCCUAGUGACUUUUCUGAUUUUUUUUUUUAUUUUUUAUAAAUGUAAUUUCACAGUAGAUAUUAAAAAUUAAGAACUGCAGGAGACCGACACAAAAAUGAGAAUUCAUUUCAAACAAAGCCCCAUAGACUAAAUUCACCCUAAUAGAAUUGUGCAUUGGGGCUAUGAAUCGUGAUUCUUGGUCGCUCGGGGAAAGACUUGUCAAAACCAGUAUUGUUAAUCUGUAGUUGCAUGCGCACUACCAGACCAAUCAGUGAAGUCACUUAAGGGGUAUGUGAAUAUUAUCAAAGAGCGCUAAAUUGGCACGUAAUUAAAGCUUAUUUUUUUUUGCAUUUUAAAAAUCAGGAUUUGCCAUUUGAACCUUUCUUCCAUUUUAAUAUUCAUAGCUGCAAUUUACGUUAAACCCCCGGCCAACUGCAUUUUGCCCAUUUUCCACGUAGUUUUUAGUUGCUAUGUAGUUUUAAUUUGAUUUUUAAAUGCAGCAAGUUUUCGCAGAUUAGAUUUCAGCUUGAUAGGCUUUUAUAUGUAUAUUUCAGAGGUGUUUAUGUAAUUCAUACUCAGGUUUUUAUAUAAAAACAGCCAGUAAAUGUUCCAGAUAAAAUUGCAGACACUCUUUUCCCACUGAUGCUAAAAUAAACUGGAAAAAAAAACCUACUCGUCUGUAUUAAUGCUUUACUCUAUUAACAGCCUUCGCAUACACAGUAUUAAGUCUUUCCAUGCUAAACAAAAAGGCUGUAAAGUUUUAAGCAGGUGACAUGAUUGGCUUUAAGAACAUCUCUGUAGAGUUUGGGCUUUUGUUUCAGAAAGUGGUUUACUGUCAUAGACAGGAAUCUGGCAUAACACCUUUCACUUGUGCUGUGUCUUGAUAAAUGCAUGUUUAACAGUUCAGGCCAUGGGCUAAAGUCUAAUUUUCUUUUAUUCUGGAGUCAUUCUAUAAACGUCCUGUCCUUUCCCCAGACUUCAGAUGAUUUCCAAAUGGUGCUUGCAGCAAUUAAUUGUGAGGUUCGUGGCUCGAAUGUGGUUCCUUGUAUCUGUAACGUUUCAAAUUUUAAUCUAACCUUAGUUUCUCCUUUUGAGACCCCUCGUGUAUCUUCACUUUGUUUACCUCAAAUUAAACUUCAGCUGAUUGUUUACCA